AUCAGAAAUGUCCAUGUACUAGCGGGGGCGGGGCUGUCGAGGUAGGGGAAAGAUGGCGGCGGGGGCGAGGUGAGGUGUUGGCAGAAGAAAGGGGUACGGGCGCGGGGAGCGGGAGAACGCAGAGAUGGCCCGCGCCGGCCGCAGUGCCGGAUAAAAAGCCGUCGCGCCGCGGGUGUGGGAGGGAGGAAGUGGAGGGCGCCUGGGCGCCACGAGAGCAUGACGGGGCUGUACGAGCUGGCGUGGCGGGUGCCGCAGGCUCUGCUCUGCCUGAACCGCACGCUCACCUCCUGGCUCCGCGUUCGGUUCCGCACCUGGAUCAGGAUCUGGAGGCGCUGCUGCAGCGCAGCAGCCGCCGCGGUCCUAGCGCCGCUCCACUUCACGCUCCACAAGCACCCUACCGUCGGCAAGAACCGCCGUCACCACCGGCACCCGCGGUGGAGACCCGGCCCGGCCGCCGCCCACCCCCGGCUGCGCUGGCGCGCGGACGGCCGUUCUCUGGAGAAGCUGCCUGUGCACGUGGGCCUGGUGAUCACUGAGGAGGAGCAGGAGCCCAGCUUCGCGGACAUUGCGAGCCUCGUGGUGUGGUGUGUGGCCGUGGGCAUCUCUUACAUUAGCGUCUACGACCACCUAGGUAUUUUCAAAAGAAAUAAUUCCAGAUUGAUGGAUGAAAUUUUAAAACAGCAGCAAGAACUUUUGGGCUUAGAUUGUUCCAAAUACUCACCACAGUUUGCAAAUAGUAAUGACAAAGAUGAUCAAGUUUUAAAUUGCCAAUCGGCUGUGAAGGUGCUGUCCCCUGAAGAUGGAAAAGCAGAUAUUGUGAGAGCUGCUCAAGACUUUUGCCAGUUAGUAGCCCAGCAGCAAAAGAGACCCACAGAUUUGGAUGUAGAUAUGUUAGACAGUUUACUUAGUUCAAAUGGCUUCCCUGAUCCUGAUUUAGUCUUGAAGUUUGGUCCUGUGGACAGCACAUUAGGCUUUCUUCCCUGGCAGAUCAGAUUGACUGAGAUUAUAUCUUUGCCUUCCCACCUAAACAUCAGUUAUGAGGAUUUUUUCUCUGCCCUUCGCCAGUAUGCAGCCUGUGAACAACGUCUGGGAAAGUAGUGGUCCCUGGUUGCGUAAUCUGAUUUCAGGCUUUGGAGAAAAGGACCCAAGUGACUCUGAUGUUUACAAAGCACCUGUCAAACCCUGUACACCCCUAGUUCAUAAUCCUCAUAAUUUAUCAACAAACACAAAAAAGUGUCUUACUUGAGAGUAAGAGUGAGAGAGUGAGUGAAUGGGUGUGUGUGUUUGCGUGUGUGUGUGUGUGUAAAUAAAUUUACAAAUGGGGAAGUAUUGGAGAAUGAUAUAUAUAUAUAGACGGCAACUUUGAGCAAACAGCAGUGUUUUAGGAGCUGAAAUUUCAAAUUUAAAUGCUUCAACCUCAGCCACUUCCCUGUUUUUGUGGGGAGUGAUGGAGUGAUUAGCACUGUUUAGUUGCUGUUUGGGGCUGGAGGGGAUAAUUUUGUUCAGCCUUUCUUAGUGACUAGGUGACCAAACUUUAAUUUUUAAGAGUAAUAAAUUGACUUCUUAAAGGGAGCCCUCCUGAGUUUGAGAAAUCUCUAGAGGAAUGGAGUUUAGUGUUGAUCACAUGUCAAAAAUCUGCUCACCUUUGUAGCAGAGGGAGUGCCUGCUUACAAAUACCUGUCCAUUUCAUUCUUCAUUAGAGACAAACAUUGUGACUUGAGCGUGUUGCUCUAGUGUCUAGGAUUGUGAAGAUCAUUUGAAAGAGAACUCUGAUUACAGAUUGAAUAUUUUUAAAAUUAAAAUCAACUAUUACGCAGUCCCAAAAAAUGUGGUUAAGUCCCUAAAGGUAGAAAAUUGCCAGAAAAAAGUUUUGAUUUCUUUUUUUUUUUUUGGUGGGUGGUGCGUUAGAUAGAACCCGAAGUUCUUUAAAAAACAUAUCCCUUCACUUUUUUGGCUACAUAUUUGAGGAAAUUACCAAGACGGCUGUUUUCCUCAAAAGUAAUCUGUUCCUCUUUGGAAUUGUACACUUAGGGCCAUGUUAGUACCCAGGAUUUUUACUCAGUAAGGCCUGAUGGUAACUUUGCAUAAAAGUUCUUUUAAGGUUGAGGCUUGUGUAGGUAAUAAAAUACUACCAAAGUCUGCAAAUGUAAUUUAAUUUUAUAUGUUCUCUUUCAUGACAGAGAACAAGCACUGGUUCUGUUAUUUUUAAAAUGAGUAAAUGAUGUUUUGAUAGGUAUUUAAUAUUUCUUCUGUCACUGUUGAUCCUUGGACAGAAAACAUUAUUUAUAUUUGAUGGACUGUUUUCAGAAAAGUCUUAUAACACAUGUACAAUAGUUAUCUAAAAUUGUUCAUGUAGAAUGAUGUAAUUUAAAUACUAGGUCUGAGCUUGAAAAAUUGAAAAAGAAGACUGGAUUUGGAAAGCAAGGCCUCUGAAAUUGCUUGUCAAAUUCUGAAGCUGUGAAGAGUAAAUGGUUCAACUUUGCAUUAUAAAACCCCAUUUAUGAUUCUAAAAAUACACUUGAAAUAAAAUGAUUAAACUAAAUUUUGGUCCAGUGACAUUACUUUGCACUACCUAUAGUCCUCUGUACAUUGUAAUUUUUUUUUUUAACUUUAAUUUAUUGCUGAGAAUUUGUGUGAAACUAGAGCAUGUCUCUAACCUUUACCAGAGAAUUUCUGGUAUCUGUUAACCUGUACUGUGCUCCAUGUAUUGAGACUUUUUGCCUUCUCUUAGGACUAACUUAUAAACACAAUAUAAGUGACUGUAAACAUUCUGGGAUAAGUAUGACUUUCGCAUUUCAAAUUUAAUGGGCCCUAUUGAGGUAAAGGGAUUUAAUGUAUGCUAAAGAAGUUAGUGGAGUGAAAAAAUGGGUAUAGUCACUGUCUCUGAAGAUACCUACAGUUAAGCCUUUGUACUUUUAUUUUCUCCUUCCAUUUCAUAGCAAUGUAGCAUAUACACAUCUAAUUAAAUUAUAAGUGUGACCUAAGUGUUAAAAUCCUAAAUAUGAGCCCCUUAAGACAAGUUGCUAAGGAUUCUGAAUUCAAACACAGGUAUUCCAGAUCAUUCUUUUGAGUUACCUGCUAUUGUGAUUUGUUUAACUUGAAUAGCUUUGGACAUCCAAUAAUUUCUGCCAAAAUUAUUACAAGUUAUGCCAUCAUCAGGGUUCCCUUUGCACUCCCAAGAACUGGUUGUUUUAGAGAAAAAUGUCUAUAUGUUGAAGGAUAAUACAUUGUUUUUCAGUUGUUUCCUCUUGACAAUUCCCACAGUGGACAGCUGAUCAAAGUAAACCUACUUUAGGGAUGGCAGCUUGUAGCAUAGCAAGAUGUUGGAGGGUAACAUCUUCCCAAUUCUGGUUGUUUUGUCUCUUAAAACUGAUUAUUGUUAGGAAAUUUGAAAACUAAUUAUGAUGUGAAUAACAAUUCUGGCAUAUUGUGUCUAAGAAUUAAAAUGCCUAUUUCCGAGAGAAAGGUGUUAAAAUGGUAAUGAACAGUGCCAAAUACACUGUGCAUAUCUAUAAUUUAACCUUUGAAUGUAUGUUACUUGAUUAGCUCUCCUCUGUGUGAUGGUAUCAUGCAUAGAGUCAAAUCCUUGUGGUGUUCUGUAUGGCUGUUGACUUGGAAACAUGUAAAUAAUGUGUAAAGCAAGUUUUUAUGAUUAAGGAACCAAAUUUAUAGAAUUUUAUUAUGAACGUUGAAACAUGUAUGAAAAAACAAUAAAAGAAUAUACUCUUUUCAUGGACUGUAGUGUUAUGUGAAUGCCACAUUUAUUCUGAAUAUUUAGGGCCUGCAGAAAUGUAGUGAAAAACUCAUGACUAGAUAGCAAUACUAUUUUUUAGAUGGUAUGUACUUGAUUGAAAUAUAUCCUCAUUUUUACCAGGUUAAACAUUUGGUACCUUAACAAAUGUUAAGUUGCUUUUACUAGCUAGAAGUGACACUAAAAACUGCCAUUGCUAGAAUUGCCAAAAUUCUAUAGUAAUUAAAAUCUGAAUUGGUUUUUACUGAAUAUAGAAUGUCAACAAAAAUGUAUAUACGCAUACUCUUUUAAAAAAGAAAUUUAACAUUUCUUGUUAAACCAGGAAAUAGAAGGGUAAAAGCUCUGGUUUGUCUUACGUAGCUGAGUAUAUACUUUCUAACUUGAAUAUCUAAUUGUAAGAUAGCUGGCUUUUUAUGCACAAUUUUCAUCUGAAGUCGAGUUUUUCAAAGGUCAUGUUUUUACUUUAAUACAUUAAUAGGAAAUGCCUUUAACAAAAAUUAGGGUAGGAAAAGUUUAGGACAGUUGGAAAUAAAACCCAGAUGCAAGAUUAAUGUCAGCAAUUGUACAUGAAUUCUAGUUGAUAGGCCAUAAACUAAUAAAAUUGGUGGGGUAAGGGAGUGCAAAAAGAAUUUGUUUCAGGUUAAAAAGAAAAAUACACAUACUUUGUAGAAAAAAUUAAGACAACUCAAGAGCAAAGUAAAGAACUUAGAUCAUUGUUCAUUACAUUUUUGGUGACAAUCCUAGAUUUUUUUUUGUACUUAUA